AUGUCCUUCAGACUAAGUCGCCCGGCCGUCCGCGGCCUGGGUUCUGCCAUCAAGUCUUCCAGAAUCUCGUCCAGGUCGGCCGCCCUGUUGAUGCCCUCCACCUCCACAUCCGCCUUCUCGACGGCCUCACCACAACGCGCCGCACUCCCCGGCCACCUCAGGCUACCCGACGACUAUGUGCCGCCCACCCAACCCCCGAGCGCCCGUCCCGUCGAUACGCGCAAGUCGCAACUUCUGCGCACUUACACCUCGAUGCUCCGCUCGACCCCCCUGAUGCUCAUCUUCCAACACAACAACCUUACCGCUAUCGAGUGGGCUGCGAUAAGGCGAGAGCUGAGCCUUGCCCUCAGCAAGGUUCCCGUUCCCGAAAGCGCUCCCGAUAUCACCUCCAAGAUCCACCUCCAGGUUGUCCGCACGCGCAUCUUCGACGUUGCGCUCAAGACCGUCGAGUUCUUCGACCCUUCUACAGUGGAGCCCACCAUGGCCACGACAGUUGCCGGUACCAAGGUUCCUGCUACAUACAACCACGAUCUGUCGAAGCACGCGUGGAAGGCUGUGAAGGAGGCUACCAAGAACGAGGAGGCCAUUGAGAAGACCGUUUACGGCCAGCUCGCUCCUCUGCUUGUCGGACCUGUCGCCAUUCUCACCCUGCCCUCCGUGUCGCCGGCGCAUCUCGGUGCUGCCCUGAGCGUCCUCGCUCCCAGUCCCCCGGCCUUCCCUGCGCCCAGCAGGAAGAAGAACCCCGGUUAUUAUGAUCUCACCUGCCAGUCUGGUCUGCAGAAGCUCAUGCUCGUCGGUGGUCGCAUCGAGGGCAAGGCCUUCGACUACGACGGCAUCAAGUGGGUUGGUGGCAUCGAGAACGGCCUCGAGGGUCUGCGCGCCCAGCUCGUGCACAUGUUGCAGAGCGCCGGCAUGGGUCUUACCAGCGUUUUGGAGGGUGCUGGCAAGAGCCUCUGGCUUACCAUGGAGAGCCGCAGAAGUGUCUUAGAGGAGGAGCAGAACCCCAAGAAGGAGGGCGAGGCCGCGGAGGAGAAGAAGGAGUAG